GCUACUACGUGGAGUGUCUCGUUACCACUCACCCACUAAUCUCAUCAGUGCUCCAACUAGUCUUAAAAAUAACAAAAAAAACCCAUUGAAACCAGCAAAUCCCAUCUCACAAAAAAUGGAGUUGCUUUAUCUAGUGGGCUCCAUCAUCUGGAACUCCCUCAUAUCCUGUACUCUCUCUCUCCUCCUCCCCUUUCAAAUCCUCCUCCGUCAAGGUUUAUCUUGUCUAUCAUCCUCCUGGGACGGCGACGGCGAAGGCCUCACUCUUUAUGAAGGCAUUGUUUGGCACCAACGUCGUCGCCCCAUUCAGCACUCAUUUGAGUACAAAGUUCGGUAUGCACUCAUUGACCUUGAUCGCUCGUCUCAUUUGCUCUCCUCCAAUCAUCUCUCUGCUGAUGAGGCUCGAAAGGUUGCUGGUACUACUGGAACUGUCUACCAAUGCAAUUAUAUACGCAGCCGUCUCUUGACAAUACCACCUAGCGUGGGGUAUGAGCAAAAUCCAUUAAGUUUAUAUUACUGCUAUGAGCUGGAAUCCUCUACUAGCACUUUGAAGAAGUGUAUUGCUGAGGUUACUAAUACGCCAUGGGGGGAGAGAGUUUCAUUUGUUUUCAAUCCAAACUCUGACGUGGCGGCAAAAUCAUUACAUGUUAGUCCUUUCAUGGAUAUGGAAGGGAAUUGGAAAAUGAAGGCAACGAUACCAGGGGAUGAUCUGUCAGUUAUUAUUACAGUUCAGCAUCCGGACCUUGGUGAAUAUUUCUGCGCUAUAUUAAGAGCACAGAGAGUGAGUUCAUCGAAGGUACCAGAUCAUAUGUUGUUCUUCUGGUUGAUGCCUCACAAAGUUGCUGUGUGGAUAUAUUGGCAUGCUUUCAAGCUUUGGUGGAACAACAUUCCAUUCGUCCAACAUCCUAGGUAUACUAAUCCAGCAUACAGAGAGGAAGCUGCAUCACGUGAUAAGAUGAUAAAUUGCUGCAAGGCAGGGGACUUUAAAACAAGUGGUUUGUGCCCAAGAGAUGACAGGAAUGUAACAACGCAUCAAUUUAGUUGGACUGAUGCAAAGUGGCCCUGGUCAUAGAUGCUACAAGGCACCACUUUCUAUCUUCACAUUGUAAUCAGAGUUGAGCAGGUAAAGCAACUAUUUUCAACCUCAUGUGGCGGCGUUGGAAGAGAUUGAAACUUAAUGCUGGGGCUGACAAGAAGCUUCGGAUGAAUCUAGAUCUUCACGGCCAUUGGUCGGGCGGCACCAUUGAAGAGCAUGUCCAACGUAUAAGAAACAUGAUGAAACACGUCGAGUAAAAGUUGCACUAAAUCUUGCUUGUAAUUUUUCAAAUGCUGGUUGCAUUGGUCAUGUACGUUUAUCAUAUUGUUGACAUGUUCUUCAACGAUGUAUCAAAUUCUCAUGGAAACCUCUGGAAAUCCAGAAUUACUUCCAAUCAUGAGCGGGUGGAGUGCCAGAAAUUUGCGAGGAUAAUGUGGAAAACGAGUUUUGCUGGAAAAAUGGGUUUGAGAUGGAAUUAAGUUUGCUCUUCACUGGCAUUAACUUGACUUGUUAUUCAACAAGGCUCAACUCCUCAAGUAUCAAUAGGCUUUCAUUUAUCUUAUAAGUUCAUUCAAAUAUGUUAUAUCAUGUGUUGCCUAUUUGGAGAAUGGGUUAGGGCUCAUUAGUUGUGUGUAAAUAUACUAUGCUUUGAAAAACUCUAAAUGCAUAAGGUUCAGUAUAAAACAACUUAUUACUGUACAUAUGUACUAGUAGUAAAGAAAGUGGAUGCAAUCUAUUUUAGUUAGUAAAA